AGUUAUCAAUUAUAAUCUUAUGAUACACUUGUCAUUUUUCUGAAUACCUACCUACAAUUUAUUGAGUGACUUUCGUUGAUUUGAACAUAUUGUGCUUUCAUACCAUUAUAUAGCUAACCUUCAGUCAAAACAUAGAAGAUAGUUCCAUAGUUCCUAAUGGGUGUCUUAGUGAAAAUACUUCUUGUGUUGGCGAGAGUUAUCAAUUUUUUCGUGGAAUUCUGGUGGUUGAUAUUUCCUAAGGCGGAAAUAAAAAGUGUUCCUCCUCCUAAGGAUGAUUUGUUGUUGAUAAGUGCAACAAAGCUCGCUGAAUUAAUCAGGAAGAAAAAAGUGUCUAGUGAGGAUGUUAUUCGUGUUUAUAUCAACAGAAUAAAAGAAGUUAACCCUCUUAUAAAUGCUGUGGUACAAGAUAGGUUCGAAGAUGCCCUGAAGGAUGCAAAGGGGGUUACAGAUUAUUUAAGAACGACAUCAUUAACUGAAGAAGAAUUGCAAAAGAUGAAACCAUUGUUGGGUGUUCCAGUCACAAUCAAAGAAUCUUGCAUGCUGUCAGGAAUGAGCUCGGCUGUUGGUGUGGUUUCAAGAAGAGGCUUAAAAGCAGAAAACGAUGGAGAGGCCGUAGCUAGGCUAAAGAUGGCUGGUGCGAUUCCAUUACUGGUAUCUAAUACUCCAGAACUAGCAACUGGGUUUUGUUGUUAUAACAAUAUCACAGGAAAAACAUGUAAUCCAUAUGAUUUAUCGAGAAAUUCUGGUGGUUCAUCGGGUGGGGAGGGUGCCCUAAUAGGCUCUGGAUCCUCACUUUUUGGAAUUGGAUCUGAUUUAGCUGGAUCAAAUAGAUUCCCAGCUUUCUGUUGUGGCAUAUUUGGACAUAAACCAUCACCAAGACUCAUUCCUAUUCGAGGUCAUUUUCCAUUUAUAUCUGAUAAAAAGUUACCUGAUUAUUUGUCCAUAGGACCUCUUACUCGAUAUGCCGAAGAUCUCAAACUAUCCAUGACAGUACUAUGCGGAAAACAAUCUAUUGACUUGAGACUUAAUGAUAAAGUCGACCUCAGCAAACUACGAGUUCAUUAUAUGCAAGAAGCACCAGUGUAUCUUAUAAGCCCUCCUGUUCAAAAUGAAAUUAAAAACUCCAUAAUCGAAAGCGUUAAAUAUUUGGAGAAAACUUCAGGAUCGAAAAUUAUUCAUAAAUGUCCUUUUGAAAAGGACUUCCGUGACAAUUUCGAUAUUUAUACAAGUCUCAUAACUCACUUGGAUAGACAAGAAUAUCCAGAUUUAUUGAAAGGGCAACCUCACAAUUAUUAUUUGGAAUUCCUGAAAGCUCUUCUAGGUCAAUCUGAAAUAACCUCUCAGUAUGUCAUUCAUAGUUUCCAAAUGGGUUUGAAAGAUAUUAUAUCGGAUAAGAAGCACUUCGAAAUAAACGACGAAAUAAAAAGAAAACUUACUUUGCAACUGCGAGAUGAUGGUGUUCUACUUUAUCCUACAUUCCACAAAAUAGCUCCUAAACAUGAAACUGCUAUUUUUGAAACAUUGGGAACUAUAUAUAUGUUACCUUUUAAUAUAUUUGGUCUACCAGCUACUAAUGUACCAUGCGGACUGACGUCUGAAGGAAUACCCAUCGGUUUGCAGGUAAUAGCAGCUCCUUAUCAAGAUAGAUUGUGUAUAGCUGUAGCUGAAGAAUUGGAAAAAUGUUUCGGCGGAUGGAUACCACAGAAGAAUUGAAACAAUGCUAAUUUAUGGUCAUUUUGCUCAUUAUUAAUGUUAACAAAAUUUUUAAUCCUAGGAUGAUUAUGAAAUUAUAUAUAUUUUUAGUACCUA